AUGGUGUUAGUUGUAGUUGUCACUGAUGAAUAUUUACGAAUUGAUGAAACCACAACAAUAAAAUGUGUUAAGAAGCUUGUACGAGCUAUUAUUGCGGUGUUUGGGAACAAGUAUUUACGAAGACCAAAUGUUGUUGACCUUCAACAAUUACUUUAUAUUGGACACCAACACGGUUUUCCAGGUACACUAAAUGAUAUCAGAUACUACCUUGCAGAUGAAAUCUACCCUAACUGGACUACAUUUGUGAAGUCCACCCCAUUAUCCAAAAGUCAAAAACAUCAAUUAUUUGCCAAAAAACAAGAAUCACGUAGGAAAGAUGUAGAAAGAGCGUUUCGGGUAUUGCAAUCACGAUUUGGUAUAGUUAGAGGGCCAUCACGCAUGUAG